AGGAUUGUGAGUUUAGAGAGGAUGGUCAGUGAGAUAUGUGGACAGUACAGGUCCACUACUCAUAUUUUCUGACGGAUCAAUAUUUCUAAGAGAAUUGUCACUUAGAAAUUGGAGUGUAGUCAUGGUAGUGAGGACUUACAAAUAGUAACUCAAGUGUUCAAUUGUCAUUUAGAACUUGGAGUGUAGUCAUGGUAGUGAGGACUUACAAAUAGUAACUCAAGUGUUCAAUUAUCAUUUAGAACUUGGAGUGUAGUCAUAGUAAUGAGGAAUUACAAUUAGUACUCAUGUGUUCAAUUUUAUCUCGGGAUUGUUAAUACCUUGAAUCCCACACUUAUACUGAUAGUUGUAGAAGUAUUUGGAAUUAACUAUGAUUAAAUUUGACUUGUGGAGCUCGUAAAUGGCAUGUGUCUCAUAUCCUUAUUUUGUAUUAUGCGUACCAUGUGACAUUUUGGUGUCAGGAGUGGGAUGCGACAUGCCAUUUACAGUCACAUGGUUAAGUUGUUCAAAGUAAUAGACUAACAUGGUAAAAGCAAAGCAUCGAAAUUUUGUUACAAAUUUUGCUUUGAUCUUUGGAGUGAUUUACUUUUUUACAAAUCACGUCAAUUGUAAGACUCAAAGAAAUACGAUGGAAUUGGUAAAGCUGAUUGAAGUAGGUGAAAAGUUUGGGUUUAGUGGUGAAGAAUUGAAAACCUUUGUGAAGUCCGAACAAGAUAGAGCAAGAGAUGAAAGAGCAGAACAGUUAGAACUGAGAAGAAGAGAAAGGGAGUUGGCCGAAAUCCAGCUAGAGGUUGAGCGAGAAAAGCGCGGGUCGCGUGAAUCCUAUGACAAUGAGGUUAGCUUUGCAGAUAGUGGAUGCGUUAAAGCAAGAGCUCCAAAAUUGCCUCCCUUUAAUGAAAAUAGGGAUGAUAUUGACGCAUAUUUACAAAGAUAUGAGCGAUACGCAAAAAGCCAAAAGUGGCCAGAGUCCGAGUGGGCCACAAACUUGAGUGCUUUGCUGACAGGUAGCGCUCUAGAAGUAUAUUGUCAAUUGUCUAGUGAUGAUGGAGGUAAUUUCAGAAUAUUGAAAACUGCCCUUCUCAAAAGGUUUCACCUAACAGAGGAAGGUUUUAGAUUUAAGUUUAUUUCAGAAAAGCCCAAGGCCGGGGAAACGGGGCAGCACUACGCCACUCGUAUGGAGAAUUACCUAGACAGAUGGAUCGAGUUAGCAGGUAUUCCUAAAACUUAUAAUGAUCUUAGGGAUCUUUUUCUACGAGCACAGUAUACUGAAGGCUGUCACCGAGAUCUGGUAACCUUUCUUAAAGAACGUCGACCAAUGACAAUGAAUGAGACAACAGCAUUGGUGGACCGAUACUUAGAUGCUAGAGGGGGAUACUUCAAGACAUCUCCUUCCCAGAGACAGAACCCUUCAUCGGCCGGACCCUCAAACAAAUAUGAAGGUAAAACAACCCCUUCUCUUAACAGAUCUACUAAUGGUAAACCCAAACCUUGCUUUAAUUGUCAUAGAACAGGUCACCUUGCCAGAAAUUGUCCUAAGUCGCUGACCUGCUACUUGUGCCAUAAAUCUGGUCACUAUGCAAACAGUUGCCCACAGACUACCACCAAGGCAGCCGGGAUGAUGAUAACAGGAACUCCAAAUGUGGAACCAUAUGAACAUCGAUGGAACCCUCAAGAUCCUGAGGUGCCCGAGCAGCAGACAAUCCAGACAGAACCUGGUUGGCUAGAAGACACCCAGUAUGUGCAGUGGAGACCCGACAACAACGAAGAGCUCAAGAGAAACCAUAUCGACCAUUAAAGACCCCCAAGCCUUUGGAGAACAUUGUGACCCCAGAAGCAUUAAAGGAAGCCCAACGCAAAGAUGAAACUCUCAGCCGUGCAAGGGAACUAGCAAAAAGUCGAGAAGAAAAGGUGAGUCGCCAUGAUGGAAAAUCAUCAUUCUAUGAACAAAAUGGGAUAUUAUACCGAAGAUUUCAAUCACCUAAGGUUGAAGCAAAUCAUACCUUUACUCAAAUUGUUGUACCAAAACCAUUUCGCACACAGGUCUUACAAAUUGCACAUGAAUCCCUACUAGGUGGACAUCAAGGUGUAAAGAAAACCUUACAAAAGGUACUUAGCAAUUUCUUUUGGCCUGGUGUCACCGGAGAUGUAAGUCGAUAUUGUAGAUCUUGUGACGUAUGUCAAAGAACGGUAUCCAAAGGUAGAGUAACAAAAGUCCCUCUUGGAAAGAUGCCAUUAAUUGAAGUACCAUUUGAAAGGAUUGCUGUUGACAUUGUAGGCCCCAUUCACCCAAUUACAGAACGAAAGAAUCGUUACAUUCUGACUGUGAUUGAUUAUGCUACGAGAUACCCGGAAGCAAUUCCACUUCCCAAUAUUGAAGCAGAACGAGUCGCAGAGGCUCUGGUUAGUAUCUUCUCUAGGAUGGGGGUUCCG